AUGGCGCUGAGGUUCCACUGGAUCAGUGUGCCACUGGCGAUGGUCAUCGCCACGGCCUAUCUUUUCUACGUCGCGCAGUACAAGCCAUCGCAGAAGAAGGCGAAGCUUCUGCAGGAGAUGGACAUGAAGGUCACUCACAAGCCAGCAGAGUGCUUUCUCCAAGCAGGAGACGGUGACCUGGUCCAUGUCCACUACACCAGUUUCCUCAAAAAGGAGGGGACGCAGUUCGAAAGUACUAGGGGCGGUGAUCCGUAUGUGUUCAAGCUGGGCAAGUGCAAAGAUCACUCCAAGCCUGAGUGCAUGAAGGGCUUUCAGUCCGCCAUGCUGGGCAUGUGCGCGGGGGAGAAGCGGAAGGCCACCGUCCCGCCCAAGCUCGGUUACGACAAGAAGGCUCGCCCUUCGGGAAUUCGAUCCGAUGAGCAUCUCAUCUUCCACCUCGAAAUGGUGGACAUCGACAAAGCUUAG